AUGGAUUUAUCAGUGUUUACUCAGCAGAGCCCUGCUCACAAUGACUUCCGCAGUGAUACGUUCACUACGCCAACGGCAUCCAUGAUCAACUCGUUGGCCACAACCACGCUUGGCGAUGCAGUUUACAACGAGGAUUCCAAAACCAUUGAGUUGGAGAAGAAAGUUGCUGAAAUGACUGGCAAGGAGGCGGGUUUGUACUGUGUGAGUGGAACUUUAUCGAAUCAAUUGGCCAUGAGAGUAAACUUGUUGCAGCCUCCAUAUAGUGUAUUGUGUGAUUACCGUGGACAUGUUUACGUUCAUGAAGCUGGAGGAAUGUCAACUUUGACACAAGCAAUGGCCCAACCAAUCAAGCCCAAGAACGGCAUUCACUUAACAUUAGACGAUGACAUCUUGCCCAACUUUAUCCCUGAUGAUGGAGAAAUUCAUGGUGCGCCAACAAAGUUAAUUUGUCUUGAGAAUACAUUACAUGGAAUGAUUUUCCCCUUGGACGAAAUUAAAAAGAUUUCCAAUUUUUGUAAACAAAACGAUGUCAAGUUACAUUUGGAUGGGGCAAGAUUAUGGAACGCAAGUGUGGCAACGGGGAUCUCGUUGAAGGAAUACAGUCAAUAUUUCGAUAGUGUAUCAUUGUGCUUGUCAAAGACCUUGGGGGCACCAAUUGGAACGGUGUUGGUUGGAGAUAAAAAAUUUAUCUUGAAAGCCAACCACUUUAAGAAACAAAAUGGUGGGGGUGUAAGACAAAGUGGGUUACUAGCCAGCAUGGCGAUUGUAGCAAUCGAUGAGAACUUUUCAAAAUUGCAAAAAACUCAUGAAAUGGCAAAAGAGUUGGGUCAAUUGUGCAAGGAAAAGGGAAUCAUUUUGGAACAUCCAGUGGAUACAAAUUUUGUAUUUGUUGACGUUGCUGCUAACAAGAUCAAUCCUAGCAAGUUGGUUGAAAUCAGUGACAAAUACGGAGUCAAGAUAUAUUCGGGACGGGUCUCGUUCCAUUACCAAAUCUCUCAAGAGUCAUUUGAAAAAGCAAAGAAAGUUAUUGUGGAAGCAUUCGAAUAUGCUCAGAAGCAUCCUUUUGAAGAGCCUCAUAAUUUCAAAUUUUACACUGCUGAGAAUAAAUAG